GGCCAGCGGAGAGCUGUCCUUCCCCAGCCGGGUCCCAGCCUCCUGGCUCGCCUUCCCGGCAGCCUUAGCGGCGCUUCUGAAGAUGGCGGCCGACGGUGAGCCCGAGUCCGAGGUAUUUGAGAUCACGGACUUCACCACUGCGUCGGAAUGGGAAAGGUUUAUUUCCAAAGUUGAGGAAGUUUUGAAUGAUUGGAAACUGAUUGGAAAUUCUUUGGGAAAGCCACUUGAAAAGGGUAUAUUUACUUCUGGCACAUGGGAAGAAAAAUCUGAUGAAAUUUCCUUUGCUGACUUCAAGUUUUCAAUCACUCAUCAUUAUCUUGUACAAGAAUCCAUUGAUAAAGAAGGAAAGGAUGAAUUAUUGGAAGAUACUAUUCCACAAUCUAUGCAAGAUUUGCUGUGUAUGAACAAUGACUUUCCUCCAAGAGCACAUUGCCUCGUGAGGUGGUAUGGACUGCGAGAGUUUGUGGUUAUCGCCCCUGCUGCAAACAAUGACGCUGUCCUCAGUGAAUCUAAAUGCAAUCUUCUUCUGAGUUCUGUGUCUAUUGUUCUGGGAAACACUGGCUGCCAGGUACCACUCUUUGUGCAAAUUCAUCACAAAUGGCGAAGAAUGUAUGUGGGAGAAUGUCAGGGUCCUGGUGUCCGAACAGAUUUUGAAAUGGUUCAUCUCCGAAAAGUGCCAAAUCAGUAUACUCAUUUAUCUGGUCUUCUGGAUAUCUUCAAAUCAAAAAUUGGAUGUCCUUUAACUCCAUUGCCUCCAGUUAGUAUUGCUAUUCGAUUCACCUAUGUACUUCAAGAUUGGCAGCAGUAUUUUUGGCCUCAGCAGCCUCCAGAUUUAGAUGCUCUUGUAGGAGGAGAAGUUGGAGGUCUGGAGUUCGGCAAGUUACCAUUUGGUGCCUGUGAAGAUCCUAUUAGUGAACUUCAUUUAGCAACUACAUGGCCUCACCUGACUGAAGGUAUUAUUGUGGAUAAUGAUGUCUACUCUGAUUUGGAUCCUAUUCAGGCUCCUCAUUGGUCUGUUCGAGUUCGAAAAGCUGAUAACCCUCAGUGCUUACUGGGUGACUUUGUUGCUGAAUUUUUUAAAAUUUGCCGUCGAAAGGAAUCAACUGAUGAGAUUCUUGGUCGAUCCACAUUUGAGGAAGAAGGAAGAGAAAUUGCUGAUAUCACACAUGCUUUGUCAAAGCUGACAGAGCCAGCACCAGUUCCAAUUCAUAAAUUAUCAGUUUCAAAUAUGGUACAUACUGCAAAGAAGAAAAUACGAAAACAUAGAGGUGUGGAAGAGUCACCACUGAAUAAUGAUGUCCUCAACACCAUUCUUUUGUUCUUAUUCCCUGAUGCCACUUCUGAGAAACUAUUAGAUGGUACAUCCGUAACAGACAACAAUAAUCCUCCACCAGACAGUGAAGAAUACAAUCUCUACAAUCAGUUCAAAUCUGCACCAUCUGACAGUUUAACAUACAAACUGGCUUUGUGUCUUUGUAUGAUCAAUUUCUACCAUGGGGGAUUGAAAGGAGUGGCACACCUCUGGCAGGAAUUUGUUCUUGAAAUGCGUUUCAGAUGGGAAAACAACUUUUUGAUUCCAGGAUUAGCAAGUGGGCCUCCAGAUCUAAGAUGUUGUUUACUGCACCAGAAAUUACAGAUGUUAAAUUGUUGUAUUGAGAGAAAGAAGACACGCGAUGACGGAGUAAAGACGAGUCCUUCAGAUAAAAUAACUAAUACAUAUUCAGGGGAUGCUGGAAAAGCUGGGAGUCAACUGGGACCGGAUAAUCUGAAAGAUACAGACAAAGAAAAGGGAGAGGUGGGAAAAUCUUGGGAUUCAUGGAGUGACAGUGAAGAAGAAUUUUUUGAAUGCCUAAGUGAUACUGAAGAACUUAAGGGAAAUGGACAAGAGAGUAGCAAGAAAGGAGGACCUAAGGAGAUAGCAAAUUUAAAGCCUGAAGGACGUCUCCGUCAACAUGGGAAACUUACACUGCUACAUAAUGGAGAACCUCUCUACAUCCCUGUCACCCAGGAGCCAGCACCCAUGACAGAAGAUCUGUUGGAAGAGCAGUCGGAGGUUCUUGCUAAAUUAGGUACAUCAGCAGAAGGGGCUCACCUUCGAGCACGCAUGCAGAGUGCCUGUCUGCUCUCAGAUAUGGAAUCUUUUAAGGCAGCUAAUCCAGGUUGUUUUCUGGAAGAUUUUGUGAGGUGGUAUUCGCCCCGGGACUAUAUUGAAGAGGAAGUGAUUGAUGAAAAGGGCAAUAUAGUUCUGAAAGGAGAACUCAGUGCCCGAAUGAAGAUUCCAAGCAAUAUGUGGGUAGAAGCCUGGGAAACAGCGAAGCCCAUUCCUGCCAGAAGGCAGAGAAGACUCUUUGAUGAUACACGAGAAGCAGAAAAGGUGCUGCACUAUCUGGCAGUCCAGAAACCUGCAGACCUUGCUCGACACCUGUUACCUUGUGUAAUUCAUGCAGCUGUGCUCAAGGUAAAGGAAGAAGAAAAUCUGGAAAACAUUUCUUCAGUUAAGAAGAUUAUAAAGCAGAUAAUAUCCCAUUCCAGUAAAGUUCUGCACUUCCCCAACCCUGAAGAUAAGAAGUUGGAAGAAAUCAUUCAUCAGAUUACUAGUGUGGAAGCCAUAAUUGCAAGAGCCCGCUCACUGAAAGCUAAGUUUGGAACUGAGAGAUGUGAACAAGAGGAGGAAAAGGAAGAUCUUGAAAGGUUUGUGAGUUGCCUUUUAGAGCAGCCUGAAGUAUUAGUCAUUGGUGCAGGAAGAGGACAUGCUGGCAGAAUCAUUCAUAAGCUGUUCGUGAGUGCUCAGAGGCUGACUGAAUCUUCUGAUGAGGCUGCAGCCAUGUCCCUCCCUGAGGAGGAACUGAAGAAAAUGGGUUCCUCAGAAGAAAGGAGGCAGCACUCACUGUCAGACUUCCCUCCCCCUGCUGGCCGGGAACUCAUCUUGCGCACCACGGUGCCACGCCCUGCUCCAUACUCGCGCGCUCUGCCUCAGCGCAUGUACAGUGUGCUUACCAAAGAGGAUUUCAGACUUGCAGGUGCCUUUUCAUCAGAUACUUCCUUCUUCUAGUUCUUCUAGAGUUAACUCAUUUUUGGCUUCAAAGACACUCUGGUCCCUUUUGUGGAAGAGAGGCUGUACUAGUCAGAACCUGAGGAGACCACAAAGAGGACAUGACUAGUUGAAUGAUAAAGAAUCAUACCAGCAUUUGAAAGACUUCUCAGCACGUAACUUGGGCUCUGUUCUAUCUUGGUGGGGACAAGAGAAUAGGACUGAACUUUUGAAAGUUUCUCUGCUUCAAGACAUAUAUCCUGUGUUUGGGGGAUAGUAGGAAGGGGAAGGAAAAAAAACAUUAAGCAAAACAAAAACAAAGCAACCAGCAUGAGCUGUCUGGACUCACUGUGGCAGAAUUGUUUUCAUUUUACUCCUUUCUGUGACAAUACCUUAGGCUCCUGCCUGGAAUUUAUAGUCUGAGUAAACAAUUUGUAUAUCUCUUAGUAUCAAGUACACAGAAUAGAGUAUUUGUUGAUUCAGAUUUGUAGAUAUUGUGGUGGUAGCUCCUAGUCCCAGAAUUUUUUGUUUUAAAAAUACUAAAUGACAUUGUUUAUUCAAUCAUCUGUUCGUCAUUUUCAUUGUACCAAAUAACUUUAUGAACAUUUUGAAUAUUCUAGGAAGAAGUUUAGAAUUUCAUAGUUUACUUAUUUUUUCCAUGUAAUUGUAACAUAAAUGUAUUCCUUCUGAUAAAGCUGUGUAUCCAAUAUCAGUGUAAAUUACUAUAUAAAUAUAAAAGUGUUUCUAUUUAUCUUACAUUGUUUGUUUUCACUUUUGUUUUUGGUUGCCAUAUAAGUUAAUCAAGUUACAAAUUACUGUUCUCUUACUGGAUAGCAUGUUCUCCUUCUUUGUGGUUGCUAACUGAAUACUGUAAUUAAUGAAGUAGAGAUGAGCACAUGUUACAGAUGUAGCAUUGGUACAUGCAGGUAGUACAAUUUGUUAUAUCUGCUAAUAUAGUGAACAGAAGAUUGUCUCAGUAUGCUACUUUGCUUUUGUAUUUUAGUUCAAGUGAAAAUCAUUGGUGGGGAUGUGUAGCAUCCAGCUUAAGUAUCAUAGCAACAUAUUUCAACUUAAUUAAUGAUAAAUAUUUAUUCAGUCUGUGUUACUACAUGGCCUCUGUCCAGUCAUAUUAAAUCUACUUUUAGGCCUAAAGUUCUCACCUUAUUCCAAAUAUAAAAUGGUUAUUCUGAAGCAUAGACUUGGCCUACAUAACUUUAUAGAAUUAAGAGAGCUGUGUAAACCCUGUGUUACAUUAUUUUUGUAAAUAUAUAUAUCUUUAUGAAGUUGGGAGAACUCUGGGUCUUACCUUAGAUCUUGACAGUGUUUUUAUCUCUGAUGUUGAACUGCCUAUGGUAAACCAUACUGAUGCAGACCAGAGGACUGAGGACUGUGCCAGGGAGAAGAUGUACCUCCAAGGACAGAUGAGUCUGCUUUCUGAUAAGGAAGUUAACAAUUAAAAAUAGUUACAAAGAGAUGCUGGAUUUUUAAAAGGUGAUAUGAAUCUAAUAAAAAGGAAAUUAUUGCUUUCUCUCA